AUGCCGUGCCUACACACAGAAAACCAGGUCAGGAGCCCUGUGGACCCCAAGACCCCCCCACACCCUUCCCCAGAGACUACACAGAGGAGUAAGAAGAAGAAGAAGGAAGACAGGCAGAGUGGAAAGGUUCUCCCUCCUCUGUGGAGCUUACAAGCUAAAACUGGGCAGUGGGGCUUCCGAAAGGCCCUGGAGGGGCCAGUGGAGAUACAGGAGUCAUGGUCAGAAGACCACUCAGAGACUAUCAACAGUCCAAGGUACAAGAGGUCCUGCGGGGAGAACCUUCGUUUUGUAAAGAUGUCUGGCUGGGUUCGGAUGCACCCCGAGUUGAGCAUGCUUCUACAAGGCAGGCGCAGGGACUCCCACCCUCCAUGCGGAUCCUCCUGUAGACUUGUGCCCCCUGCAGCACUGGAGAGACCAUGGUUGUGUUUAUCUCUAAAUCAUUUUGAAGACAGCAGUGGGGGUCAUUUAGUGAGAUCACUGCUGUUUCCAGAAUCUUCCAUCACACAUCAGUACCACCAACCACGACCAGGAAGAUCGCCAUGCUCUGCUGGGCCUUGUGGGUUAGGCAAGUGCUGUGACUGGAUGAUGGGGCUGUUGGGAGGCAGAGCCAGUCAUCUGAAGUGCCAGGAAAUCUGUAACAAGGUCUUGGUGCACAUCUGUGAUAUUGUUGCAGCUGAACGCUGCUGCCUUGCCAUGACAACCACAGAUGAGGCUGGUGGUCGAGUUCUGGGACCUUUCUUCCAAACAAAAAAGACCCAAAACCACACACACCCAGACUGGGAGAGAAGCAUAAUGGGAUAUGUAGUCAGCACAGGGUGGCCUUUGAAUAUUUCAGAUGCUUAUGAGGACACGCGAUAUCACAUAGGAGUGGAUGAACCAGCAGCCUGCAGACCUAAGAGCAUCCUGAGUGUACCCAUCAAAAACCAGCAUGCUGAGGUUAUUGGUGUUGUCAUGGCAGUGAACAAGACGGGAACAGCCUGUUUUUUCUCAAAGCAAGAUGAGAAGGUCCUGUCAUCACACUUGGCUUUGUUAGGAGUGAUUUUGGAAAAUAAACAGCUCACUGAAAGGUUUGAACAGGAGCGCCACCACAACCAGGUCUUGUUGGAACUGGUCCGGCUGCUGACCGAACAUCAUCAAUGUUUGGAGACUCUACUCAGUAAACUGUCUGCUGUCAUCCUGCAGGCUUCUAAAGCGAAACUCUGUAAAAUCUUCAUUUCAGAUCAGAGUGACAGGGAGUGUUUCUCGUGGAUGGUGUGUGAAGAGCGUGUUGACCACGGUCGCUCAACACACCACUCCAAAAGGGAAUUUGAUGUGAAUGAUGUCUCCUACAUGUAUGCUGUGAGAGUCCGUAACUCCAAUGAAAUGCUGAAUAUCUCUAACGUCAAGAGUGUGACUCAACCGACGGCUGCAGGUGUUCAGAGUUUGAUCUGUGCUCCAAUCAGAGACUCUCAGAGGAACCUGGUCUUAGGUGUGUGUGAGCUGCUGAAUAAGGUCAGUACAGACUCUGAUGAAGGGAGUGGUUUCAGCAGGGCAGAUGAGCGCCUCCUGCAGACCUUUGUAGAGUGCUGUGCUCUGGCUUUACACACUUACACUGUCCAGCAAGAAGCCGAGAAAAACUUCACCAAACUGACCAUCACUGAGGAGGUUCUUUCUUACCACAUUUCUGCUCCUGUGGAUGAGGCUGAGGCUCUGGAGAAGUGUACAGUUCCUUCAGCGCACUCUCUAGGGCUGAUGGAAUUUAGCUUCAGCGAGGCUGGCUUGUCUUUGGCUGCUAGCGCUCAGGCUGCUGUGCGCAUGUUCCUGGACCUUGACCUGCUGCAGAACUUCAACAUAGAGUAUAAGACUCUGUGUCGGUGGGUGUUGAGCGUAAGGAGGGGCUACAGGAGUAACAUAGCCUAUCACAACUGGAGCCAUGCCUUAAGCACCGCGCACUGCAUGUUCGCCAUUAUCAGAAGAACAGAGCAGCUUCAGAGUAAUUUAAGCAGUUUGGAGAUUUUGGCUCUGAUGGUUUCAGCUUUGAGUCAUGAUCUCGAUCACAGAGGUGUCAAUAACUCCUACAUACACAGAACGCAGCACCCAUUAUCUCGACUCUACACACACUCCACUCUGGAACACCAUCAUGUUAACAUCUGUCUGCUCAUCCUCAACAACCCUGACAGUAGAAUUCUCUGUAAUCUCGCAGCUGAAGAUUAUAAAGCCUGUAUUGGGAUGAUUGAGAAGAACAUUCUGGCUACAGACCUGACAGUUCACACACAGAGAAGAUCUGAGUUCUUUCAUUUGGUUGAUAAUAAGACUCUGCGGUGGGAGAACAAGGAGCACAGAGAUCUGCUGAGGUCGGUGUUGAUGACGGCCUGUGAUGUGUGUGCAAUCACCAAACCCUGGAAAGAACAAAAACGAAUUGCAAGGCUGGUUGCAGAAGAAUUCUUUGCACAAGGAGACCGAGAGAAACGUGAAUUCAACAUUCAGCCAGACGCUGUGAUGGACAGAGUGAACAGCACUCGUUUAGCUGAGUUGCAGGUCCAGUACAUCGACUCUGUCUGUUCACCGCUGUAUGGGGCCCUGUCCAGUCUGUUUGAAUCUUGUUCUCCUUUAAAGGAUGGUUGUACAAAAAAUAGAGAGAAGUGGCAGAUGCUGGUGGAAAAAGGAAAACAAAAGAGGGAUGCAGUAAAAGAAUGA